GACUGAAGUCCGCCAACCGCACGCCUCAACAAGUGCACUUCCUUGUACAUGUGCACUUGCUGCUCUGCUGUUACUGAAACACUUACAGUAAACACCGGCGCUACACGUUGAUAGAGGAGAGGUCAACCCAAGCAGGUACUUUGAUUGAAGUUAUGAUCAAGGAGAAAUCUAGAGCUGAAUUAAGAGGAUAAAUUAUUUCUUUCACUUGCACAGACAAGAAAAAUGGACAGGACUCCUCAGGAGACGCAGGUGGUGAGUGUUUCUUUCAUUAAAUCUGAUCUUUGUGUGUUUGAGUUUAAAGCUGCACCACCUGUUUGAGUGGUCAGCUGUGAUUUGCCUGCUGGUUUCUUUGUCUCUUUACAAACAGGUAAUUUGUGACAGUAUCUCUGAUACAUCAAAAAUAAAAGCGCACAAAGUGAGACAAAAAAAACUGCAGUAUAAGAAUUCAGAAACUGCAUGUGGCAGUUCCUAUAAAUGUCACAUGACCUGUGAGGAAAUGAGAACUUUGAUCUUAACUCCACUUUUACUUCCUGUGGUAAGAACCAUGUUCACACAAAUUUCAUGUUGUCUGAGGAGGGCGUUACACCGCUUGACUUGAGGUUGAACAUGUGAGAAGUUGUGAAGUUAUUAACCGAAAAUAUCAGAUAUGGAAACUCUCUGUACAUCUACCAAAGCCACCUGAGCUUAAGCGAUAACAGAACAAACCUGCUGCAGCCGGAUUUCAGCUGCACCUUGUUUCUGUUGGCCAACAGUCAAAUAAAGGGCUGAUUACAAAUGACUUCUUUGUAUUGUUUUAAUUGUAAUUUAGAAAAGGAGAUUGGUAAUACAUUCUUAAUACUUCACUCAUUAUCUUACUUUCACUGUUUUCUAUAAACUCUAAGAGCUCUUAUUACCCUGACCCAUCAGGCUAUUUCUGUUUCCACAACUUCAGAUAUUUGUUGUUACUCACAGCAUGAAGAGACUGAAGGUCUGAUUGAUCUUUGCUUGUUUAACUUGCAGUUAAUUGUGUAUUUACACCUUGGUAGUGUAAGUUAAGGUGUAAAUUCAUCAAUGAUUUUUUUUAUGUUUAGCUUCAGGUCAAAGCAAAGUUAAAUCAGGACAUUUAACCUUUAGAGCAGGAGGCUUAUUCCCAGGAGAGAUAGUACUUUAUUUAAUGAGUUACUGUCAUCAAGAAGCUUCCCUGAGACGUUUAUAUAAUCAGCAAUUUUGAUUUUUUUUACUGGGGAUGUUUUAGUGCCUAAACAUCCAAAAUCAUAUACAGGAGUUAGUGAGCCACACACAGAUGAUAGUUACACCCCAAUCAGAUUGUUCUGUGGGCGGGGCUUGAGGUGAGACAAAGUACUGCAUGAAAGCAGACCCAGAGACAAAUACGAAGGUAAACCUGCAUCAAAGCCAAAUGAGCACUGAUAAACAAUCAGCCAAAUGACAAAUAUGUGCCUGAUAAUCACCCAAAGGUAAUAUGUUUACCUCUAUUGUGUACACUGCAAAAAAUGACCAAGUCUGUGCUCGUUAAAAUCUCCUUAUUUUUGGCUCUGGAGAACAAGCCUCUCUGUGCAGCUAACUAUGACUCAAGUGUGCAGAGACUGCUUACAAAGCACAACAUUGAUUAAAGACGCUGCAAAAAUAUUCAACAACUUCAUCCUGGACAGAUGCAGAAUCUGAACCACUUUACACUUUAAUGCUUUCUGUUAUAUUACAUUAAUUAAUGCAGGAAAAUGUGCUGUAUAUUAUUCUGGUGUUAUAUCUUACUCCCUAUUUCACUUCCCUCCACUCCCACCCCACCGUGAGUUAAAGGUAAGCUUAAAGCUCCUGUGUUAAUCCUUCUGUCUGUGUUGACUUUGGCACCCCCUGUGGACAAAUUGAUAACCUUCAUAAUGGUUUUAUUUCGUCCGUCAAAGCUGGAGCACUGACAUAGACAGGGUGGCCAGAGUAUCUGUGUAUCUACUUCAACAGCUACCAUUUAAGUGUCACAUUGAUGUUAUAUUCAUAUGCAUAAUUUUAGUAUGAUAAGUGACAUGCAAUUGUGCAUUAGCCGAUCUGACUGGCAGAAUAAUCAAUUCAUUACUUGAUUAAUAAAUCAUUUAAUCACUGCAGCCUUGAACCGAAUUGAGGGGUGAACAUUUUUACCUUGUGCUUACUGGUUAGUCUGCAGAAAGAAAAAUUGCUUUUUUUCACAAUUUUUUUAUCCUAUAUCUGUGUAGUGGCUAAGCCACAGCUUGAAGCCACUGAGGGGCUGCAGGACAGGCUAAACUUAACAAUGUGCUGACUACACUUACUGGCACGUCCAAUGAAAUCAAGUCCACUCCUUGUUCGCUUAAUGUGACCUUUUAUUUCUCACAUUUUUUGUAGAAAGAUCAAGUCCAACAACACAGCAAUUUAUCGAUAACGGAGAUAGCGGUGCCAAAAGCACAUCUUGUAGCGGUUGAAAAAUUGUGCGCUCUUCCGUCCGGCAACACCUGCCCAGUGACACAAAGUUCCCAUCUUUAUAACAAAAAGAAAACACACCUACCACCCGCUGGCAUAAAUUGGUAUUGCAGUGAGAAAAAAUGGCUCCUACAACCUGUAUUUUCUUUUUUUUUCCACAUCCUUUAGGGAUAUUUUUGUAACAUUUUCACCUUUGCUGGAGAGUUCAGAGGUAAAGAGGUCAACAGGAAACAGACAGACACAGUUGGGUGUAUCUCUGAGAUGGAAUAGAGGUCAUUGGUUACGAUCAAACUGAUGGCACUGUGGUUAUGUGGCACGAAACCACUCGGCUCAAUGAUGCCUCAUUGCAGGAGCAUCGCUGUUGCUGCUGUUAGCUCGACUUCAGUGCUGCUGACAACUUAAACAGAUGAAGAGCAUGAAGACAUGUCUGCCUGUAUUAUGGGUGUGGUUACAGGGGAAAAUUAAACAGCUUUAUUUUAUUGAGGUUGAAGAGAUAAGAUGAAGACACACUGUAAUUGUGUCAUAAAAGUGUGUGUCUCCGAUGAGCUUGGUGUGUAUUGUGUGUUUUCAAGGCGUGGUCACUCUGGCCGCCUGCAGCCAUCUGUUGUUUGAAGAGAGAGAUAACCAGAGGAGGAAUGAGUGCAGACGCAGAAAGAAACAUUAGCCUGAGGUCUCUAGAAACAUUUGCAUCCUGGUCUGAAGGUUUGGAGGUGCUUUUGGUGUGAGUUAACACAAGUAGUAUGCUGUAGGGGUCAGUAUUUUAAAUAUAUAUACCCAGGAAGAACAGGAAGAUCACCUCUAAUGUUUAUCAAUGUGGAAAGAAGCCAAUUAAAGAUGAUGCUGUUUUUAGUCCCCUGCAUGAUUAACAUGAGUGAAGCUGGGAUUAUGAGUCUUCUCACAAGAAGUUUCUUCUUUUCAGUGUUUCUUUUAUCUCAUACCUCAGUACAAUUGGGUUUGGACAUUAUUGCUAAUAACACCAUUUACCUGAGACAUAGGCCUGCACAAGCCGCAGUCUCACCUGUUGAAGACAGGGGGGGGCAGGGACUAACAGAUUAACCAGGGGCUGUUUCCAUGUGGUCGUAGUACUGCUGUUUCUCCUUUAUUUUUUAAGAUAAUAUUAGUUUUUGCAUUGUAAAAAGUGGGGGAUCAAUGCUGCCCUCUGAAAAAGUGACGACCACGUAAAUUCAGCCCACUCACACUAUGACUUUAAGAGACUUAAACCAACCCUUCAUACAUUCAUGACUAUUGUUACAUUAGUGAAAGAAGCACGAUCUGCACCUGACACAGUUUUAGGUUAAAGUUGUCAUUUCACACAGAUUCAUAUCAUGAGCACCAACUGCAUCUGUAAAACUAGCAUGGUUAGCAUAAAGGUUCACUGGAGUGAAGUGGGGCAGUUCAAAAGGAGACAGGAGACUUUAACAAACACUUGCAGAAAAUUUGUUUGCAUAAUUUUAUUAACUAUAGCUGUGUUACAUUUAUGUCUGUCUCAUUUAAGGACAUUUCAGUCAUUACAAGACUCUGCAAAGACUGGGGCAUCUUGAAAGGUCACUUUUCAUUGAACCUUUUUACAAACUGUGCAACUGGCAGAAAUUAAAGAAGGGAAAUUUUGACAUUUAAAAUUGAAGUAUAAGAGCUGGUAGGUUGCUUUUAGGCAUAAUCUACCCUUAGCGGAGCCAAUUGUUGCUCUGCUAACCAUUAAGCAGCAUCAAAUCUAUUCCAGAUACACUAACAGCAGUCCUGCACAGAGUCUACAGAGUCUCUCUCAUUUUUACAGUAGUUUUUUCAGGUUUGCUACUUUGUGUUUCACCCUGAAGAGACUGUUUCUGUUCGUAAAUAAAGUUCACACCCACAGUCUGUUACUGACAUGAAUGUUAAACCUGUUUGAGCAGCAGUAAAACCACCUGCAAAUCUUUUGGUGAUGUUAGAUGAAGGUGAAGUAAAGUAUAAACCUUGUUUCUUUUGAUCAAAAACGGUUAGCAUAGCUGUUUAUGAUUGCUCAGUAUGAACACUUGAGCUAGCCUGACUCAGUCUUCAGUUCAGUUUACAAACUCCUCUGCAGCAUGCUUCAUAUCUGUUGAUGUCUUUCAUAAGCAGAUGAUAAACUGACUGUUUGUGGUUUUAGUGGAAGUUAAGUGCAGGAACUGAUUCAUGAAAACAUAACAGCUGUCUGCCGAAGCAGUGAACAGCUUCCUGAGGGGUCGGCACAUAUAGUCUUGAGGUUUGAUACAGUGGAGGUGGGUUGUCAACAUGUCUGCAACUUUACAAAAGACACAAUGUGAAUUAAAUUAACAGAAUAAAAUGACAGUUUGGGUUCAUUCAAUAAGUCUGCAUAACAUAACUGAAAUUGCAUCCAUUAAAAUAAAAAAAUAAAAAAACUUUUACAUUUAAAUUCAUGAAUAACAUUUUGUAUCUUUUUGCUUUGAAAAUUUUAUGCAUUUUUUGUGCACAAAAUGUCACUUCUUGACAUUUUGUGUGUGAAGGCGUGUUUUUAAGCUUUGCAUUUCUUUUGCUCUUUUUUCUUUUCAUGGGUUUGAAGUGUUUUUGGAGUCAGCCUCCAAACCACUGUAGAACUCUAAUGGUUUUCUGUGGCAUCUGUACUUCCUUGUUUGCUAUAUGAACACACUUGUCUCAGUGUACGUUGUGUUAUUGACUUGUUUUUUUUCCCUCUGCACUGCUGAUCACAUUCACUUUUAAUUGAUUUAAAACAAUCAAGAAAUAUUAAACUCAUUACUUCCUGCUGUGAGAAGGGAUAUAGGGGACUUUUCUCAGGAAAAACUGAAUAAUAAAAAAAGAAGUUCUUUAGAAACUUAGAUAAUUUAGGUCAAUGACAAACACAGAAAAAAUAAAUGCUGUUUACUUCUGCAGACGUAUAUGACCCAGUGUUUUGCUCCAGUAACCCUGUGCCGAUGCAUUCCUCUGUGACUCUAAUGGUUUAUAUAGCUGCAGAGUUUUCCCAUAGGGAACCCUUCGUGUCCUCUCAUUUGGAGGACUAAAAAUAGCGAUCGUGUCUUCCCAUGCAGAACCAGUAACGUUCAUAUACAGAACAUGCAGUAUGAGCUCCCAGAGGAGCGUUCACACGGGGGUCACCAGCACAGCUAACCGUUAAAGCUGCAGCUCUGGCUCAGAGGUAGCAGUGGAAUGGUGUCUGUAAACUAGUGUUAGCUUGUGUUGGUUACUACAGCUAAACACUGACACAAGUUUUUAAGGUCACAUUGGAGCAAAUAAACAAAGACAAGAACUCUCUGGACGAUCUGAGCUGUUGAAUUCCUCGCUCUUGACAAUGACUCACUCCAAUCUUGAAAAGGUCAAAGGGUUUAGUGGGUUGGGUUACAGUCGUGAUCCAGAAUUUUCUUACAUAAUCAACAUAUUUCAUCAAAAGUUUGUGUGGGAAGAGCUCUGAAGAUUUAAAGUCAGCAAAUGUUGCUUAAUCUUACCAACCAGGGACAUUCUGCUGCAAUAGUCUAAAUGAUUUCCAAUGGGAGAAACAGGCUGCAAAUUAAAAAAGAAACAUGCACUAAAGCCUACAACUAUGCAAAAGCUCUGGAGAUGAUAGAGUGUACUGCAAAAGCUUGAACAUCUGCAUUGACCAUAAAAAUGCUGCAAACACCAUAAAGAUUGUGAAGUCACUUAAACCAAAAGCUGCAAAGGGAAAAUGCUGCAUAUCCAGUUUUCAUGUUUGCUUCUAAAUUUCUAAAGUUCCUGAAUUUUUUAAGGUGAUGAUACACUUCAGUUUGACCAGAGCGAUCCAGUUUUCAAGCUCCAAGUCCUGAGCACCAACAAGUAUCCAUAAAUCACUAAUACGUCUGUUUACAUGUCAGUCAGUGUUGUUGCUUUUUUGAUCAACAGAAAAACCUCUCAAUGCACAACAAGUCAAAAUUAAGUAUGGAUUUGUCUUUGCAUUAGUCAUUUACUCAUGGCGCAUGGCUCAGGUUAUCAUCAUGAUAAGAUCUGUAUAGCGUAACAUUAAGUCAGCUAGUUGUCAUGCAGAAAAGGAAGUCAGCAUUUCUAAGGAGCUCCAGGAGGGCCUCAGCUUCCUACUUCAGCAACUAUCCUAUUUGUUGUUUUGAAAGUAUGGUCACCCUGUGCUGAUCUGAAGUGUUUAGGCCGACACAGCUGAGAAACACAGUAACUGUGAAGCAUGAUUCUCACUUCAUACCACAAAACAACUUGCAAGAGUUUUAACAGGCACAGGAAAACAAUAUUCUGCAGAUCGGGAAGAUCACCUCAAAGAAAAAAAGACAAAAAUAUUUGGUCUGAAAAGGAUUUAGUACAGUUCCUUAGUGGACAAUGAAAAGCACGGCCACCAGCAGAUUUCAUUUAAACCAAUGCUAUUAUUGACUCUGCUUAUUAACUCAGGUUAUAAAAGAUUCUCUUAUCAUUCCUUGUGUGGAAAAAUAGUCGGUGUACAGAUUCACAGAGACAACAACACAAAGGUGACCUCAAGUCCUUCUACCUGUACUGCUCUGUUGAGACAUAACCUGGCUUCUGAUCAGACCAUUGACUGUAUAUAGUAUGGACAACGCGACUCCACCUCCCAAAUAUAAAUUUGAAGCCAAAAUGCUUCCGGUAUUACUGGGAUUUUCUCCAUUUCCUGAAACCGGCAUUGGUGCAGUAGCGUGCAGCAGGAGAGUAGCUGUGAUGACAAUCUGCUUAAACAGCGGAUCCUCCAGAUGUUCAACAAAUACAUGAACCCCCUAAUAACUUUUAAAAAUGGAGCUGCACAGAAAAAAAGAAGACUUGAGCACAAACCAGUCUUACAAUAACUACUGUAUGUAUAUGCAACAUUUGAAUGUUCUUAUUUUGAAUAAAUUUGCAAAAUGUUCUAAAAAUAGUUUUUCCCUUUGUCAUUAUGGGGUAUUUUGAGUAGAAUUUUCGAGGGAAAAAGGGAAUUUAAUCCAUUCUGGAAUAAGGCUGUAACAUAACAAAAUGUGGAAAAAGUGAAGUGGUAUGAAUACUUUCCGGAUGCACUGUACAUGUCAACAUCACAACCAGGGGGGCAGCACUUGGACUGUUUCUGUCUUUCGUUCACCAUGAUCAUGUUCCUUGGUUGUUGUUAGCGCCGACUGCCUCGCUAUGUGAGGUAGUCGUCACAUCAAUAAGGGAACCAAUGAGCAUGAAGACAAGUGACUUUGAGAGUCAAAAUAGUGGGAAAGUGUUUUCAUUUGGAACCAGUUUGUGGUUCUGUUUCCAUCGUUCAUUCAAUAUGUCUUCAUUUUCUUCCCUCUCAGAAUUCAGCGCAGCGUCUGUCCCCAAACUCAAGGAGGAGUUUCAGCUUUUCGUCUCUCCGAGUCAAAAGUAAGUCGGGAAUGUCAUUGUUAGAUAUUACCUAUAUUUAUUUUACCUUCUAACCGAUCGAUAACUCUUUUAUUACAUUAAUUUUUCUGCAGAAAGAAACAACAGCUCUGAGGAGAGCGGAUUCACGCAGAGGAGAGGACUGAAGUCUUUUUCAUCUGUACGAGAAGGAUCAAGAAAAGGUCACAAAGUAUUUCUGUACCUCAGUUCCUCUGCUUUUCUCAUUUAGCCUUUUUACAUCAUAGAUACAUGGUUUUAUUCUUUAUGGAAACAGGAACAGCUCACAGCUUUUGACACAUGCUUUGUUUGACCUUUGCUUCAUUUUAGAGGCCGUCCCAGAUGAAGACAGGACCUUACAGCCGUUCACCUCUAAGGACCAGGUGAAGAAAGCAGGUACAUGAGAGCAUGAACGCUGCAGAGAGUGUGUUUUUAGAUUAAGCACUGAGGUCAUGUUUUCUUUAUCUGAUCUGAACCUGCUGUGUCAUGCGUGCGUCACGAUCACACUCCUAUUUAUCUGACACUUGGAAACCAGUUGACGGGUAACAACCUCUUAAGUGACAUUUACUAUCUAUAUUGGGUUGUGGUUUAACAGAGGGCAAACAGAGCUAGGUGAGUACGUGGCAGAAAAUAAAAUCCUCUCAGUAACCAGACAUCUUCACUCUGCAAGUAUAGGCUCACAACAGUUACUGCAAAUAUAAUACCCUUUAUAUGGCUAAUUAGAGGAGAAAAUACAUUUUGUCCUUAAUAAAAAAAACAUGAAUGCCUUUCAGUUAAAAUACAGAUAUCAUAGUACGAUUGUCCGUGUUCAAAUGCCUUCUAUUUGAAAGAAUCCAUUAGGGUGAGAUUCCUGUAAAAGAGAUGCAGCAAAGCGAGGGGAUGCCUUUCUAGCAGAAAAAAUGAAAACAUGGUGGAUGAGCCUUCACAGCAGCCUUCUAUUGCUUCUGGUAUGAUAAUAAUAACAAAAAAUAAGGCCUUUGUGGAUGACUUUUUAGUGAAGGAAACAUGUUCAGGUGCCCUACAGCAUUGUAAAGGAGAGAAUACACUUUGGUGUCUUCUUAGGUGCAGUAAAUGCACCUUUGACAUGACCGCCCAGUGGAGACAGAAGCUUAAAACUUGAAGUCAUUUAGAUUGCUAUACUGGCAGUAAACUCCCUAAAAAACUGAUUUAGCCAGGUUUUUGAAGGCUACAUGACUAGAGUGAUCUUAACUGUGAGUUUUUAAGCUUCCUCAGAGCCCUGGUCUGUAAAAAGAACUGGACUUUCUAUGAGCAGAAAGUGUUUGUAUACAACAUUUUCUCUAAAAUUUCAACCUGUCUCAAUGUUCUUGUGAAGGUAAAAAAAAAAAUGACUGAUGACUGAGUCUGACUCAGCUCUCUGACGAUGAACAAGUUCCUAGGAAUGUAAAGAAGCUCCUGUAGCCUCUGCAGAAAUCUGAGUCACCGCCUGCAGGCUGUUGUUUGACUGUUUACACUGGGUGGCCUGAAAGACUUGCAUGACGUUUUUUUCUGUUGUUGUUUGCCUCUUAAUCCUUUUACUUUUAGUCAUGGAAGAAGAACUUGAGUUGAGAUGGAGUCGAGGUAUUCAGCCAAACAAACUUCAAGUCACACAUUUGAGUGUGACUUGAGUUAAUUUACUUUUACUCCUUGUUGACUCAAAGUUCAAGCUACAGUAUGUGAAUAUAUAAAGAAUAUUUAAAGAAAACUAUCAGUCAAUUUACGGAAAUGCUCCCUUGCUCACCCCUCCUCUUAGUGAAGCAACAGCGGCCUUUGAGGAUAUGUGAUGCAUGCAAAAUUAAUCCUCCUGUUGACAGAUUUUAACCAAAAGAAUGGUCUAUUAUUAUUUUUUUGUGCACAUCAACGACCCACCCUUUUUUAAAUUUCUUAAAUUUAGACUAUGGCUUCUUUUUUAAGUUAAUAGCCUGUUUCAAUCCCAAAUUUUUAAUUCUAUAUUCAUAAACGGUCCCUUGUACUCUGUCAUAAAUGUGUCCAUUUUGCGCUCUUGUGGAAACAAAAAUUCAAUUCUGCAGCUUAUUUUCUAAGCUAACAAACAUAACAUGUUUUUUUUUAAUUAUAAUUACUAAUAAUAAUUGCUUAUAUUGUGCAUAAGUAUUAAACAUACUUAUGGACAACCAAACACGACUCGCUGCAUCUUUAAAAACUUUUUGUUUCAUGAGUUUGUUGUUCGUUUUGAACGUGCUGUGUUCACUGGGAGCAAGAAAAACUCUGCGGACCGUUUUUUAUUGCGUGACUUGAACGCAGCACAGGAGAGGACCGCUGUGGGCUCCAGCGAACAGCCGACAGAGGAGAUUCAGUCUGUGAAGCACGAGGGCUUGUGGAGGACCGAGUCAGGAUGGGAUGUGUUUACAGGAAUGGAGACGAUAAAGAGUGGAUUUAGGACUUUUUACACCCAGUGACUGUAGAUUAAAGCAGAGAUGAGUGAAGCAGUAACGAGGAGAAGGAAAGGACACAGACUGGCGGACUUAAAGAACCGAUGGAGUGAGUACUGGACCGCUGACACAGCCGAAUAUCUAGCACUAUUAAAUAUCCUCUAUCAUUAGCUUUAUGCGAAAUAACCGGAUUCAAAGUCUGUGAAAGAGCGGAUAAGAGCUCCAAAAACACACCUUUCUGUCGGAGGGUCUAUUUUUAUCGGCUGUGGCACACCUGUCGGAACGUGCGAUGUUCCCUGGAGCAGGUUGUGCCCUUUUCAUAUCCGGGUAUCGAGCCGUCAACCAGUCCACGUUCAGAAAAACACCAAUUUAAGUUCGGUCCACUUUAAGAGUCCGCUCACAGCGCUCCUCUAAUGUUUAUUUUAUCGACUUCUGUGGAUUAAUAAAGUUAAUGGGAGUGCUGUAAGGUGAUAUAUAAACAAGCCGAAUUGAUUUAUGGUCUCCCUGGAUUUGUUUGGUAGUGAUGCCAAGUCGGUGCAACAAACGACCGAGGAUAAAUUCAAAAAUAGCUCAAUAAAGUUCGGCGGAUAUGUGAUUUUAACAUGAUACUGGACUCCUUUACAGCUAUGUAACAGCAGUGAAACCACGUCAGACUUUUUCGUCUAGUUUACUCACUUUUGUAACACCUAUGUACCUGUCCUCAGAUCUUAGUCUAGGAAUAUUUGGCUGUUUCAUUUAUUACAAAAGAUUUUGGAUCACUUUGAAGCUCUUGGAGCUAAAUUUAUCAAUUUUUGGAGUAAAGUGCGUGCUGAAUCUGAUAAUGAUCUCUGAUGGUUUAUUAAGCAACGUUGCCAAAUCGAAACAACAAACGACUGAAGCGGAAACACUGAAUUACCUUAAAACUACAUGACAUCUGGAGGAGAUGAACAACUAACUAAAUAGCCUUCGAAACUUAUUGCUUCUUGUUUUUUUUCCCCAUUGUGAUCACCUUUGUAAGCCACCUAUCUGUAUUUCUUCCAACUCUGAACCAUUAAUUUGAUCAAAUUACAGAUUUAUGAUGGCUUUGAAGCCUCUUUAGCUGAAUAUUAAGUUGUUUUGAAGUCACAAUGAGGUUUGUUUUGUAGUAUUUGGGUAGCAACAAAAUAUUAAUUGGCUAUUAAAUGACUUUUAGUUUGUACCAGAUUGUAAAUGGAUGUCAUGUAGCCUUAUCUAAAGGAAAAUAUCUUUAACAGUGUGGCCCCAGUCUGCUGCAGUGCCUUUCUCAUGCAAAUAUAUCUAUCGUUAGACUGAGUCCAUCAAGUUUGAGCUAUCAUUUACAGAUUUUUGAUUACUUUUCAUGUGUGCUGCUGACCUCUUGGCCAGAUCCGUGAAAGAGAUCUUAAUCACAAUGGGUUUUAUCUGGUUAAAUAAAGGUCAAAUAAAAACAAUAAAACUUAGUGGCAUUUUCACAAUGUUUGCUGCCACGUGCUGAAUUAAAAUGUGCAGGGAAACAAUUAAUUCAGAAAUGUUGCAAGGUUGCUUUAUAAAAUGACUUGGGUGUCAACUUCAGUUCACAAACCACGCAAUCAUGAUUGGCAUGGGAUCUAAAUUGGUGCUGUGUUGCCUUACCCUAAAGAAAACAAUGCUUUAACAGUCAAAUGUUAGCCGCAACUCUCAAGUGUUUAUUGCAUUAAACUCGAGGUGUUUUAAUCACUGUAAGGCCCCAUCAAGCUCUUUAAAACAUUGUAUACAUGAAGAAUUCAGAACACUGAUGACGUGCUUUCCAAUCGUGUAUUUAGGUCGGUACCUCAAACAACGAGGCGCCCUGAACAAAUUUGAUGUUCUGAAUGAAGUUUGGCAGGUAUUGGAAUUUAAAUGAACCCUGUUACGCCUCACCUGAAACACUGUAACGCUUAAACAAUGUGUCUCUCGUGUUUUGGCUUCAGCGUUCUCACCGUCAUUCUCUUUGUACCUGUUUUUGGUUCUCCUUUCCACUCUGAACAAUUUGUGUGAUUAGAUAAUAAGUUUCUAAUAAGUUUGAUGUCUCUUGAGCUGAAGAAUUUACAGUGCAGCUAUAUGCCAGUCAAAUCAAAUCAUGGACCCCUUCUGGUGCAAAGUUUAAAUUAAUUGAUUCCUAAAUGAAUUAAUGCAGAAACUAUAAUGCAAAUAUUUAUUCCAUAGCCUUACCCCCCAAAAAAAGCUUGAUAGAGGGUCUACCAAUCAGUUUAUUUGGACCCUGAUCCUGCUCUGAUCAUUUGAGUAUCUGUGGAUACAAAGUCCGUUUCUGAUACUUGCUUUAGCCUAGUUAGAGAUGCACUGUGUUUUUUGUUUAUUUCUUGACUAAAUAGCUAAAUUAAACAAGUUGACCAAAAGAUUUUUCAACUUUUGGCAUGUAGCUUAGGAUCCAAAAGAUGGUGAUGAGCUGGUUUUCCAAAUCUAUGAAUUCAACCAUCUUCUUUGUAAUAUUUUCGGCUCUUUCACUCUCAUCAGGAUGUCUCCCUUCCUCUUAAAGUCCAGCUUUUUUGCUGACUUUACUUGUUGCGUUAGUGAAUGUGUUGUACGCAUUGUUUGGAGCAGUGCCUGACUUAUACUUUUCCUAUAGACCUGUCUUUAGUUUGCUGCAGUCACUGCACGCUGAAUGGCAAUAGCUAACUCACAAUUUACUUGAGAAGUUUGGUGUAUUUUUGAACUCAAAUUAACAUUUUGUUCCUCACUCCAUUAACUAUCUUCUGUUUAUUGUGUUAAAAUUAGCCCUCUAGUUAACUGUGAAGCCUUGUGACACUAGAAAGAAGGUCAGAAAUAUCCUGUUUGUGCUGUGAGCUGCUGGAAACACAGGUUUUGUCAGAAAUACCAGACAACCCUUCAUAUUUGAACACCCUCAUACACAGCCAACCUCAGGUGAGACUCCACUCGGCAUGUUUGUCCUAGAAUGUGUGUGUGUGUUUACUCUGAUGACACCAAGUCUACCUGCUAUGAUCGUUUCAUUAUUUUAUUGGAUAAGGAGAUAAACAGCAGCUCUGUGUCAGAGUCAAGAUUGCAGGUUUUCUAAAUAACCACAAAGUUUUGGUCUGGCAUUAGUGACUGCUCCAUUCCUUUUCUUGUAGAUUUGUCAGUAUGCUGUCCCGACAUGUUCAGCAGCCUCAGGGCACGAAGAAGCUGUUAAACUGGACUGUUAUUUACACCCUGAUCACAGCUGAACGGCAGAAGCACAAACCGAACAGAACAUACAUACAGGCUGGAGAAGAGCUGUGAGACAAAUGACACAGAAAAUUCAGAUGCUGCACAUUUUUUUAUGUUUGUCUGCUGCUGCUUCGGUGCACAAGUUGUGCAACUGCAAGGCGCUGAGUGUAGAAACUCAGCCGUUGCUUCUGUUACGGUGCAAACACCUCAUCCUGGCAACAGAGUGAGUGUGUAUUAUGUGCUUCAUUUAAGGUUGUUGUUAGAAACCAGGCAGCGGAGCCAGAAGGAAACCUGAACAAUGUCCAGUGGGACUCCGUCUUUGUCUGGAUACACACAGCUGAACUCAGUCUUUGUGCACUUUAUUCCUUUAAACACAUCUACAAGGACAAAUACUGUGAGGUUUGAUUUGUCAGUAGUGUGUUUUCUAUAGGAAAGAAGGUUUUGUCUCAGUUCUGUCUUAAAGUGAUCCCCUAAGGAUAGGAGAUCGAGUUUCUGUGCGACUACCAUCUUUACAAACAGAGGACACGUUACAUCCUGCUGAGUGAAUCAUGUUCACCUCAUAUCUGGGCUGAUCUGUCUCAGCCUUUUAUUGAAAACUGGUUCAACCACAGUAUCUUUGUACAGACAAUUACAGAAUAAUGAAUGCUGCUUUGCACAAUAGCAGAAUUGAAGGUUUAUAAAGUUAUAGAGUUUCUAUUUGAUGUGCCAGGGUCACUUCUCCCCAACACAUCAAAUAUUUGACUGAAACCGGUGCAAACACAAAAAAAAAACAUCGAAACUAAAAGGCAUUUCAGAAAAGUGGGACAGUGACAACAAAAACCCUGAAAAAGUAGAGCCUAUGAUGCAAAAAUAAAUAAAUAAACAUCUAGAGGAACCUCUGCCAACUAUUGGAGUUAGUUUUCAACAAGUUAGUCACAUGACUGGGUAUAAAAAGAAACAUUCAGAGAGGCUGAGCCAGGCAGCUCUGCACUUAAAACAGACAAGACUCUGUAGUGGAAAUCACAGCAUUGGCUCUAAGUCACUUUCAAAAACCAUGUCUUUGAACACAGAUCAUCACUGCAUCCACAAAUGAGGCUCAAACUAGGGAUGGGCGAUAUAGGCAAAAAAAUUUAGCACAAUAAGUUUUGCCAUUCUGGUGAUAACGAUAAAAGUCACGAUAAAAAAUAUUGUAAUUCCAAUCUAUAUUUUUGAGUCAUUCUGUCUUGAGAGCCCCAAAAUCAUUGUUUUUGGAUGGCACUUACCAGUUGGAGUAGUCAAAUAAGAUACUUAACCACAAGUUUAAGUGGUAGGUCAUAGAGAAAACUAGUGACAUCAAACAAGUCUUAAAUGUGAAAACAUUUUUAACAUUUGUUGAAAACUCUUUUUGCACAGAGUGAACAGCAGCAGAUCCACUGUCUGAUGUCAUGCAUACCUGAUUGCGUACGUCUACGCCCCAAUCUUGAAGGAAAUCCCUCAUGUGGAGCCUCGUUCACUAAAGAGCUGCUCAGAAACGUCUUCUUUAUUACCUUCAGCCAUGUUUGUUUGCUUUCUGCUCUGUGUGGGCUAUGGCUGUGAGCCCGUCGCUCGCGCUUCUGUCAUCAACUUGCAUUUAUCGCAUUUAUCGUGGGAUGGCAAAUAUUUGUAGUGGAGGAAUUUUCUGAUGGUAAAUCGGGAACGAUAAUUUAUCGCCCAUCCCUAGUUCAAACCAGACAGAAACAUGAUCCAGACACAGCAGAGACACCUCUGGACCUGAGCUCACAUAAGAUGGACUGACAAAUCAAAAUUUGACAUUCUUUUUGGAAAUCAUGGAUACUGCAUCCUCCUCUCUGAAGAGCAGAGGGACUACUUGGCUUGUUCUCAGCUUUAGGAGCAACAUCUGCUGCCAUCGAUGACUUUUUCAGGGAAGACCUUCAUAUUUCAGCAAGGCAAUGACAAACCAUACUCUGAAUCAGGCAAGAAUGGGACAACAUUUCUCCAGAAACUGGUCUCCUGGGUUCACUCAUGUUUACAGAGUGUUGGGAACAGAGGGGGUAGUGCAAAAACAAUGAGCCGUUAUCAACGUUGGAAAUGAAAUUUAUGCAGAGGUAACAUUUUUGACAGCAGGACUGAGAGGAAAAGGUCUGCAUCGGAGGAAUUUCUCUCAUUUUAGGGGAGUUUGAUAAGAAGACAGAAAACAGUCUCUUCCUGUAGACUUAGCCAAGAAAUAGGUCAGCACAUGUCACGACCCCCCUCUAAAACCACAAUAUACUUCUCUACACUCUGGUCGUUUUGCAAGUUUGGCUGACAGGGGAUUUUGUUACCUUUGCUGUUGACCUCCAUUUCAUGUCAUAUCUAUGCUAAACUAAGCUAAGCUAACAACCGUUAGGAAAAAAGGAGGCUAUUAAUCUUUUUAUCCAAGUCACGGCUAGAUGGAAAACUAGAGUGCAUCCCAAAAAAGACACACCAAGUCUGAGCUGCUGUGGAUUAUCCACAGAGAGAUUUUGUCAACAGGACCUGAGUGUUCAAAAGUGAUUUGAUUGGAUUAAAGCUCUCAGGUUGGAUUAGAUUGUGUCUUGAAAGUGCUUUGUUCAAAAGCAAAAAGUCAGAUGUCUUGAGGUGAUCCCAUUUUAGUUUUAUCCUCAUAAAACCAACAAUUAAUGUUCAAAACUUUUAAGAGGGGUUAGAGGAACUUUGAACUAAAAAGAUCAGGAUUAUCUUGAUCCCAACAGAGGUCUAGAGUCAGGCUGGAGUUUAGGUCCAAGAGCAGGUUUAAAAAAACAAAAUUUUUACAACGAUGAGACUGUUUUGUGUUGCUCUGUUCAUGAAGUUUUAGUUUGAAUUCACUUUUUAAAUAGUAUGUGUAGAAAUCUUUCAGUCCAGGGAUGUAAAUGAGUUUUAAAGUUGACUCUGGCUCAGCGGUUUUAACUAGAAUAACUCCAACCCGGACAAAGGAAGGCUGGAUUACCUCACCUGCUUGCUGUCUUGCUGUUUUCACUUUUAUUCCUACAAAUGAAAGUGAAACUGGACCGAGAGCACGUUUCUUCCCUGUACUAAUGGUUUUUUUGUUGCAUAAACCUUAAAAUUUGGUCUGUGGAUGUUUAUGUAACUAGAUCAAUAAUCUUCAUUUAAAUUUCUUAUACUCUUGUUCCACUUCCAUUGAGAUCAUGCAGCCUCUUGUAAUGUGACCAAAAUAUUUCAGGGCUUUAACAGAUCACCUAAGACUCACUUUCAGUCUAGAUGGAAAAAGAGUUCAACCAAAUCCCCAAACUUUCCUGGUGUCUGUGGGAAUCCCUCUUACUUUCACUUUUAUUUUGAAGAAAUCUGACAUCAUCAAACCCUUGUUUCCCUGUGAGCCUCAUUGUUUAAAGGAUGGGAGUUAUUAUCUGAAUCAGCUACAGGCAGAGGUCUUAAAAGCUUCCUCCUUUUUUUUCUCUCUUAAAGAUAAAUUGGACAGAUUAUCCCAUUGAUAGUGUUUUUUCCCACGUGGCCUGAAUGCAGCACAGGCUUUAAAAUCUCCCACUCACAGUCUAAUGUAAACAGAUGAUUCAGCAGACCUUUAGCAGAUAGAGGAGGACUAUUGGGGAAAUCCCUGAAUUAUCAAACUCACUGGUGGUUUCUUUAGAGAGAUGAGUUUUCCUUUAUUUAAAUUUAGUUUCUAGUUUUGUAUCAGUAGUUGAUUUUUCAGUGUGCAGGUUGGGCUGUAAGACCAAUCAGAGACUUUGACAUUGACUUAACGUGGUGCACACGCUUUCUGUAAAAACAUGACGUCAGACACCCCGACAGCACACUGCUAAGGCAACCCUUAUUUUAUGAUAGAUCUACAGCAUCAGGCUGUGUUUACCUGUGGCUGAGUCGGAGAUAAAAUCUCAGCUGAAAACAAAGUGGUCUGCUUCAGCAUAUUUGUUUCUGGUGUGGCUGAACACUCUUUAUGUUCAGAGUCUUGAGAAACUGAGCCACAGUUUCUGGAAAUAUCUCAGUCAUUUGGGGUAAAACUGUCCCUAGUACUCCAUCGUAGAUCACAGUUUUGGGCAGUAAUAGUAUCAGAGCCAAGGAUUCACCAAACUUUUCUUGUUUUUGUUUUUUUUUUGUCCAGGUGAGCAGCCCAAAGGUAACAUCAUCUCUGACGUCACUGGAAAACACAGUAAGUACAGCAGUGGGAGUGACGAGGCCUGUUUUCCCCCUUCUUUGUACAUCUCAAUGACUGUUUAUAGCACCGGAACACUUGAAACACUUGUAAACGUAUGUCCUUGUACGGCGGUCUAAUGUUCUUGUUUUCAUCCUCCUGCAGACCUCCCCUCAAGUGAAGAUGAAGGUGAACGACAGGGGGCACUCAAGAGAUUCAGCGCCAUGUGGUCGUCGUUUCGCAGAGGCAAACGAGACAGUGAGUGUUUGAUCAUGAAAACACGUCAGAAAGAAAAGAUUCACUGCGUCUGUGGUGACGGUUCUUCCUCUUUCAGUUUCACUCUUUCAAACAGACUCUGAGAAAAGUUAAGGUAUCCUUAUGAUUAUGAUUACGGCUAUGAAACUCCAGUUAUGUUCUGGUUAUAAUGUUAGAGUUAAGAAACAUCUCUUUACUUUCAUAGAGGCGUGGUGUGAUCUUUUGUGAUUUCCCAAUGAACCGUUUUGAGCUGUCUAUUUUCAUGGAUAAUCACAACAUUGACUUCCUUUGUGAUUUGAAAAUGUGCAUACAUCUAGUAUGGACACCAAAACUUUGUAAAUGUGGAAAAGCAUAAUAUCCCCUCAAAUCAAGCUUUAUAGUUUCAUAGAUGCGAAUAAACAUGAAAACAAUGAAAUGAAAUGAAAAUGAAAACAAAUUCAGUACAGUGGAUCAUAUACAUUAAAUAUAGAUUAAAGAUACAUAUAACAAUAUAUUCUUAAAAAUUAAAAAAAAAAAAAAGAUUCAAGUCCUUCUCUCGUGUUAGUUAAGUCAUGGUUCAGUCAUUAUUAACAUAAUUACUUUAUUCUCUUUAAAGACUUAAAUUUUUCAUUAAAAACUUUUUUAAAAAAUUGUAAUUUGCCCCUAAAACUUUGUUGUAAUAACAUCAGAAUCAGAAUAUCUUUCAAACAACGAAUAACCAAACUCAGAGUGAAAAGGCAGAGCUACAGCACGUAGGUUGUUGGACACACUAAACUACCCAAAGAAGAUGUCAAAUAGUUUAUCUACUUCUGUUGAGGAGUGAGAAAGUCGGCCUUAAACUCUGUUGAGAGCCAGAGUGUCCUUGUUGUGUUACUGGACUGUGUUCUGCCUGCUUUUGCUCUCCAUACAGGCUGUUUUUCCUGGAAACGCCUGCUGAUACUCAUACUACUCUGACCUCUAAUGCACUACAAACAGAAACUACAACACUUCUCAUACUGAAGUCCACUCCCAGGCCUGCAGGCUCCAUCGUUUUAUACAGAGAUCAGAUCCUUAGUGAUUCAAAUAGAAAACAGACACCAGCACUUGACAUUUUCAUCAAAUGAUGACCUGAGAAAAUCUUCCAGCACUUUUUUUAUGAGACUGAACUACAUUGUGCUCAGUUUUCUGUUUUUGUUUGACAGCUGGAUUGUUACAGAUGUCUCCUGUAAAACACAAAAACGUAUUGUUGAUGCAUUCUCUACAGAAACCAUGCAUAGUUUUGUCAGUGUGUAAAAAUCUGAAGAACUGUGUUUAAUAUUUCUGACUCUGAGUAAAAACAGUCAUUCAGUCAGCUUUCAGCUUUUUUACUGCGGAGUUUUAGCUGCCAAAAAAAGAGAAACCGGUUCUUCAGGUGGAGCGUAUAAUCUCUAAACCUUUUGUGAGGCAAGUUCAGCCUAAUGGUUAUCGAACUGAACAAGUGCCAGCUUUGAGUAUUUGUUCAUGACUAUGAGGAGGAGGAGGAUGCAGCAGGAGAACGUAAACACAGUCAGAGUUCUUUUAUUUGAGACAAAUAGGAGGAGCUCACAUAAACAGACUGGUGUUCAGUGGAGGAGAUGGGCUGAAUCAUGAACUCUGGACGGUCAACAGAAGAGAUAGCAGAAAGAGGUGACCGGUCCAUGACUGUACACAAACAUUUGCAGCUGACGCAGUGAAUUAAUAACUUGGAGACAAAAAGAGACGACAUGUUUCUGAUUGUUUGUUCUCAACCUCAGAAAAACUCUUUUCCUUUCAUUUGCGGCUGCAGCUUCUGCAUGAGCCUUUUCACAGAAACUGAACCUGCUUGACCUAGGCUGUUAUGCAUAGAUUAGAUUAGACCACUGACACCAUCAGUCUUUUCUUGUCAAUACGUUGCACUUAGAUCUGCAUGCCUUGCAUAACAAUGAGGUGAUGCAUCACAGGAGGCAUGAACGACAACCAAGGAAGUAAUCAUGACCGACAGCAGACAGGAGGGGUCUAAAAUGUCAUCAUAUACGACAAAUAUAGUUGUGCUGUGUAACACAUAUGAAGUGCUAGUUCUGAGUUAAAUGCCAAUAUGAGUUAACAUAAGGAACUGGAAACUAGGAGAUAAAAGAAAAACAAAAGGAAAUAAGGUUAAUCUCUCGGAGUCUCGCAUGUGUAAAUGUUAAAGAGACCAAACAUGGAUGGUAUGGUAAGCGUAAGUGAUAUAUUGCAACAUAAUAUUAUACAAUCUUCAACUAAUUCUGGGUAAAGAAUAGAACAUCAUGACAUGCUGACUCUGCAAAAUCCACUCACUUUGUGAGACCUGAAGCUUUACGGCAACAAAUUCAAUGUUUUUUCUGCAACAUUCAGGAUCAGAGGCUGUCUGGAUCCAAUCCCUCAAAAACAAAAGUUAACUGUGAUGAUUUAUGCAUUAGUUUUAGUGAUUAAGUGUGAUUACUGCUGUAAACUAACUAUGCUAGACAAAGGCUGUCAUCUUUAUUAUGGUCCACUGACCAAUCAGAGGCUGUAUUGAUGAUCAGCUGACCUUUAAAGGCCCAAUCAGAAGUCGAGCUUCCCUGUCUCAACGGAGCAGUGUAGGAAAUAAAACUUGUAAUGAAAUGUGUGUCAUUGACAUUAGAGCUGUCGCAACUUACCAGAAUUGACAAUAACUGUCUAUUAUAAAAAAUAAAACAUUGAUAUUGAGCUAAAAAUCAGCACACAGUAAUACUGUGAGUUCAUAGUGGGGGUCCUUUGUGCUGGUUGAUGUAUUUCAUCAAAACACAGGAUAGAUGAAGAAGCCAUCGUCUUCCUGUGACGAGGUGAGAUGCUGAACCAGUAAACCUCUCGAUGUGGAUCUCAGUGGUGACUGUUUAUGUUUCUGUGCAGAGGGUAAAGACCAGGAGACUGCAGAGCCUCCAAGCCUGGUGAUGGAGGACAAUUCCACCCAGCAGCAUCGGUACGCCAGCGGUCAGUACUUCUUCGAGUAUCUAGUGGUGGUCAGCCUGAAGAAGACCAAAGACGGCAGCAGCUAUGAACCUCAGAUCACCUACCAGUUUCCAAAGGUCAGUCAGAUACUGGAGAAUGAACUACAACAGUUCUGUGCUCGAUGUUUAUGUCUCUAAAGCUGUGAAGUGAACUAACUAAAAGCUGCUGCUCCUCAGAGUGAGAAUUACUGAUAAAGCCCUUAUUUUUGGUUUAUUAGUAUCUUGAACUCAGACUUAUAUUCAGACUUGUUAGGUUAGUGUGGCUUAUAUUAAGUGUAAUGAGGCAUUUUGUCCAUAUUUUAUUCACAGUGUAAAGCAUAACCAGCCAAUGAUUGAUAAAAUAUUCUUUAACUGUGUAAGAAAUAAAGCGGCCUGAGUGCUUUUGAUCAGAUGUCAGUGCAGAAAUCUGUUCAUUUGAAAGCUGAAUAAGUCAAGGAACAAAGUUUGAUUUUCAUUCACAAUCUAAAGUGUUUGAGGUCUUAUUAUCAGAUUAUUUAAUGAGCUUUUUUUUUUUCCUUUCAGAGAGACGGGAUGGCCAGAUAUCAGAAGGAGGAAGAGGAGAAGACGCUGAAGGCGAUCACUCUCUUCUGUUUCCCUGAGGGAAUCAACUGGGCUCCUCUGACAGAAUACCACAGGUGUGUCUGCUCCUCUUUAACUCUUACGUAACUUUAAUAACCUUUUUUUUGUGUGUGUGGUUUCACUCCAGUGUUUCUUAUUUCCUGUUUCAGCGAGACGUUUUCUUUUGUUCUGACUGAGAUCGACGGCAGCAGAAGGAACGGAUACUGCAGGAGGUUACUGGUCAGUGUGAAGCCUGAGCAUGUCAGUUUGAGCUCAUUUGAUUUGGAAUUUUUCAUGUUUUUUUUUCUCCUUUUGUUGCCUCUCCUGCAGCCUGGAGGGAGGGGAGCUCGGCCUCCUGAAGCUUACUGCAUCAUCAGCUCGGUCGCUUGUUUCGGCCUUUUCUCCAAAGUGAGUUCGACUUUAUUUUAAAGGUUUUUCAGUCUCUUAAUUUUGGUGAAUACAUCUCUAAAAACAUUGUGAAUUUCAAAAUGAUAAAACUGUCGAACAAUUAAUUUUAGUUUGUGAUUUCCAGCUCCAGCAAACACGAUUACUCAUCACUUAAUACUUACCUGCAGCUCUUUAUUCUCCACCUUGUUAAACAUGUUUCUAAAAAUAAAGUCAUACCUGACAGACUCAUUACUAAGCCAACAAGACUUCCUGGAGAGAUGCUCGCCACAUUAAAAGUAAAGAAGAGCUCUAUGGCAACAUAACAUGAGUGAAACUAAAAGUGUGUGGAGGCCUCCCACCUGUUACUGUUUGGUGACUGAGUGACACACCCGUUUGUUUGGUGAUGUGUCACUGACUCUAAAUGAAGCCCUAAAGUCAGGGAGAGGAGGACGUGGCAGUAAAUAAUCAUUCCUCUGAAUUAGACCUGUGCAAAAGCAAAGACUGAAGACUCUGAGAACUCUUUCUUAAUAACAUUUAUAAUAAUCAACCUGUGGCCUUCAUAGAUUUUACUGCAUCAAGUUUAAGAAGUUAGACCAUCUUGUGUGCAGGACUAGUUCACCUGUGGAAAUGCAGCUGUUGUAAUGAUCACACUUCACAUCAUCAACCAUUAAAUGCCAUUUUUGCCAGUAUUUUACUCUUUUAAUUGAGCAAAAAUCAUUUUUAAUGUAUUCUUCUAAACGCCUUGAAAAAAAAAAAUCCUUUGCAGGACUUCAGGGGCUCUGCGAUACUGAUAUCCCUGCGUUUAAAUACUUUGUUACCCUGACUCUGCGCUCUCUCUGUCUGCGUGUUUUUGCAGAUUUUUGACGAGGUGGAGAAGCGGCGGCAGAUCUCCAUGGCCAUGAUCUACCCAUUCAUGCAGAAGCUGAGGGAGGCUUCAUUCCCAGCUCCGGGGAACACAGUGGAGAUUAAGAGCUUCAUUCCUGAGUCGGGCACUGAGGUCAGAGCGGGCUUUUAUUUUCACAUCCUGAGCCACUAUGAUAUCGUCCUUACUGAGUCAGCCCCUGAAAUCUCAGAAUCAAAUCUGUUUAAAGAUGUUAUAAUCGGACUAAACUGAACACACAAAGACACUUUUCCUCCCAUAUCUAAGCGUUGAAAAGUCCCCCAAGGUUUUCUCUCUGAUCUGCAGACAGGAUCUGUGUAGGUCAGAUAGUUAGGAACAAUGAGCACAGGUGGAAUCUCCCUCCGAAGAAAUCUAAAGGGUUUCCCAUCAUCAUCACGCAGUCAGCUGGACUUGAUCCAGGCUGUAUCAGGAAACACAAUGAGCUUUAGUGACUCAGGAGGAAAACAUUAAUCAGAUACGCUGGAAGUCAUUAAUGAAAGGGAAAAACUUAUUACGAGGAGAGUCCAGCUCAGAGGGGCUGAUAAGGAUUUAUUCUGAGGAAGCUGUCAUCAUUCACUGUCUUCUCUUUCCCGGAAAACUGAAGACGAAAAUGGAGUGAACGGGCUGUACAGACCGACUACUAUACUUACUUUUUGUCAGGCAGCAUUGUGAAAUUUGUGAUAUCUGAAAUUUCCCGCAUCAGGAUGGGUCCCUAAAGGUUCUUGUUUUCAUAUUAAGUGUCUAAUGAUGUCACAGAAAGGAUCCAUACAGAUUAGACCUUUUAUUAUGAAAGGAAAUUUAGGCUCAUACAGCUCACCCACAGGGGAAUUUCAGGAAAAACCUCAACAACAGACCAAUCUGUUUGCUGGAUCUUUGAGCUUUGUGAGUUUAUGAAGAGAGCUGCGGGGCUCUGUAGUUAGCUGUUGUUGUGUUGGUUUUAAUCUGAAUUAUAUGUCUACAUUUCUUCUUAUCAUUCUUUUGCAUCAAGCGGACUGAACUUGUAGCCGCUAAGUAGGUCAAAUGUCUGACAAAUUUGUUAAUAGAUAAUGCAGCCAACAUGGCACACCCCUUCAUACGGUUGUUUAUUCAGAGUCGACAUGGUAACCCUGUUAGCUGUGUGAUCCAGGUCCUCUUCCAGUCAGAUCCUUCAGGUGGGUGUGUUUGUGCAGCGCCAUGUCUGAACAUGUCCUGCAUUACUUCACCUUCACCUGUGAGCAGAAACUCGACACUUCUCAUCAAGCUGUUGACCGAGUUUAAACAGCUCUCAGUUUCAUAACUUUUUACUCUCAAAUUUAUAAGACUCUUCUUCAUUGUUGCAGCAGAGGCCGAGUUAAAAGUGAUCGCAGAACAAUGUGAAGUGUAAGAAAUAAAUCACAGUCUCUCGAUCGAGCCGCCAACUCCUCCUUAAGUAAAUACUAACUCCACAAUCAGGUGGCUUGUUGUUGUGAGAGUUGUGGGUUGAUACAUGACGCUGGAUUAGCUGUUGACGUGUUUGUUCAUCUCUCCACUAGAUCAUUAGUCUGACCCGGCCUCUGGACUCCUGGCUUGAACACGUGAACUUCGGCACCCUGUUCAGCUGUCUGACAGACGAGGAGGUUCUGCUGGUGUUUGCUGCCGCUGUCCUGGAGAGGCGGAUCGUCUUCAUUGCAAAUGAACUCGGGUACGAAAGCUCAUAUGGACACAGAAAGAAGACUGAAGUGAAUGAAAACAGCAGUUUAUAUAAACGUCUAGAGAUUGGAGUCAGUUUUACAGUAUUUAUCUUCACUAAAACCACCAGAGAGCGCUAAAUGAGGUCUUUUAUUCCAAUCUGCUGCAGCUGGGACGAGAGCAACCACAACCUGAAGUGUCCCUGGUUAUUUCUGAUGUAAACUCUGUUUCUCUGCAGCACGUUGUCUCAGAUCAUCCACGCCGUUGCAGCGCUGCUUUACCCUUUCACCUGGCAGCACACCUUCAUCUCCAUCGUACCUGAGAUCCUCAUCGACGUGGUGAUGGCACCCACCCCGUACCUGCUGGGAGUCCAGAAGCGCCUGCUGGAUCUGGUCACAGAUCAGGAAGAUGUGAGUCAUCCUUGGAAACACAGUUAAUUAAACAUCUUUGAAAGUUUUUAUCUUUUUUAAGUUUGUUUUUUCUUUCUUAUCUUUUAACAGCUGCUGGUGGUCGACUUGUCUGAGGAUAAGACUGAGACAUUUAUUGUUUCUGUAAGUUUUGAAUCAACACCACUGUUUAAUGAGAUGAUCUGUUCUCUGUCUUAUUUGAAUUACAUAACUUUUAUGUAAUAUCGUUCUUUCUCAGAUCGGUGAUGAAAGCUCCAUUCUGCCUCCGAAGCUCCAAGCUGAAAUUCUUGAGGCGCUCAGCAAAAGACAAAACGCAUCAAGUGAGUGACUGGAUCCAAACACAAUUGUUUUUCUAAGCCCCAGUCAUACCUGACGUCAAAGUCCUUAACUAAUGAAUGUGUGGAGCACUAAUGAAAGUUUGUAAUUAACCAGAAUUCACUGAAAUUGUCUCCCUAAUAUAAGAUGCAGUCUUCUCUGCAUCACUCACUCCUCCUGACUUUAAAGUUACUGGGCAGCAACAUAAUAUCAGUAACUUUAGCAGUAAUAACUCUUCAGAUUAUAAAAUCUCUAAAUUCUAAUGGAUUUGUUCUAGGCCUUUAGUUAUCAGUCUAAGAUUAUUUGGCACAUGUUAACAUGCUCCCUCAGUGAUCAGUACUUCAGUUUGCAGCUUUAAGCUUGAACUUUUACAGGUUGCAUGAAUAUUUGCAUCCUCUGUGAUCACAUUUGAUUGGAUUUCACCUUUGUGCUUUAGUUGCAAUCAGUGGUGGACAGUAUACCUGUUUUAAACCCAUCACCGGUGUCACAGUCUGCCAUAACAUGGAUUUGGACUGAGGUGCUCAGCAUAAAUGAGUACACCCCUUCAGAGUUGUCAAAAAUCCUUUAGUUUCCUUUCACAGUCAACAUUUUCUGUCAGACUAUACAACAUAAUAUCUCCCAAUUGUAGGCCAUUGAUUGCAAACAAGAUUUUUUAAGUUGCAUACAAAAAAGCAUUUUUGUUCACUUUAAAAUCAGGAUGCAAAAAUGAGUACACCCCAAUUAAAGUUCUGGGAGUAAAGCAAAACUUUAGUUACCAUAUCACCCUUAUUUUCAUCUUAUGGUAAAUGAAAUGUUAUGUUAAACUCGGCUUUGUUGAAACCUUGGAAACUGUACUUUUGCUCAUCUAGAUAUUAAGUAAUACAUUACUUUUAAUAGGGGGCGUACUGACUUAGUGGGUACUGUACUUGUGCAUACAGCUGUCCUCCUCUGAUCCAAUCACCCUAUGUAGAUUUACGCAAACUGAACACGUCCUCUGUUUGUGUGCCACAAGUGAGACAGGCCAUUUUCAUUUGCAUCUUGAAUGCAAAGCUGCAACAACUCAAGGCUGUAAAAGAGGAAGAGAAAGUUCACAGAGAGAACAACAACAAGUGCAGCUACAAAAUAUCCUCCAGAUCAGGGAGAUGACAGUCUGUCACAUAAGCCUAACAUUUUGCCAAACCUGCAAUAGAAUCAGUAUAACUAUAAUACAGAAAUAACAAAUUCACUCAGAAUGACGAAAACACUUGUUUUGACAUCUCACUGAAGUAAAAAGCACAACUUGCUUGAGAGCAUUUGAAGUGGAAGCCAAACGAUUGCAACUUAAUUUAAUUUGUGGACAAACUUUAGAUAUUUGGUAUUUUCUCUCAGGUCUCUCCUUAUAUGCUUUUCAUUGCUCCCUAAAAUCACAGUAAUAGAUUACUGCGUUACAUCGAUGCACACUGUACAUUGUCAGUCACAUUACACUCUGUGGUGUUUAUACUUAUACUGAUGUGUUUUGCUCUCAUAAUAUCCUGCACUGUCCUCUAGAAAUGUUCCGCUCUACAGCAAAGUUUGUUUCAUUUCUGCAGGUUCUGUUUUAUGUAGUUUGUGUUCUGUUUUACAUCUUUUCCUGUUUACAGUUCCUUGGCAGUUGUGGUGCUGCUGUAAAAGAGCUUUUUAUUUAUCUACGUAUGCAUGUUGCAGUUUUCAAUCUUAUGUAUUUCUUUGUUUAUUAUAUUGAUUUUCUGUGAUCAUUGUUUUAGCACAAAAAUACCCACAUAGAGUCUUGCUAUGUCAGCCCACUUUUGAUGUCUGUACUUUAUCCCUGCCAAGAUAUCUUAAGUGUUCAACUUGUGAAAUAUUUAAAUACAGCAGAGGAAAAUAAAGCUAUUCUAGUCCUUCACAAAAAUAAAAAUCUUGUGAUAGUUGUCCUGGGGAGAGUCUGCAGGAACAGAAAUGAUCAUCACAGAUGUUUUCUCUCUUUUCUCUCAGCGGUGGAGGAGCUGAACCGGGUGGUGUCAGAAGCCUUCCUACACUUCUUUGUAAGAACAGUCGGCCAUUACGCCUCGUACGUAAAAUACAGUCGUAAAGGACAGCCGGGGGUGUUUGAAAAGAGAAGUUUCUACAAGGCCAUUGAGUCCAAAACCACCCGACACUUUGUAAAGAAGUUCAUCCAGACGCAGAUGUUCGACCUGUUCAUCCAGGAGGUGGAGCAGCAGCAGCCUGGACUGCAGCAAGGUGAUGAAAACAAGCUGAUCUGAGUCAAAACACUGACUUUUUCCUCUGUGUCUGAUGUUACGUAAAGGAUCCCCUGCUGAGAUACAGAUUGAAAACGGUGCAGCUUUCCUUCAUCGAAUGUGAUAUAACAUAACCCGCCCUUUGUAAUUUUUUUUUUUUUUUCAAUGCACUGUCUCCUUCUUUGUCCCGCAGGAAUAUUUCACAAAAAGAUCCUUGAAUAUCAGGAGAAGAAGAAGAGGGAGAAGGCGAGGAAACACUAGCUGUGAGCAAGGAAGUCUGUGUGUGUAAAUAGAACAGUACAUAGGAGAAGAUGUGAAUGUUGCACUGUGUGUUUUUGUGUCCUGUGUUGGUUUUAAAUGAUUAAUAAUGUGUGAAUUACUGUACGGCUACGUCGCUGCUACUCUGUGAAACACUGGCAGAACGAGAGACUUCAGCUCCAUGAGUCGGCUGCAGUCUUCCCCGGAAGAGUAGGAAAUCAUUUCAAAUAAAGACUAGUUUUUUUUAAGUCAAAACACAUGAAGUCUCUGAGGUUUAUUCUGAAUUAUGACAACUUCUUCCUGGCUGUAAAAAGUACACCAACCUUCUUCUUUUCCCCGGAUCUGUGGAUUAUUUUGCUGUUUAUCCAACAAUAAACCGUGUACAUACACUGUGAACAUGAA